AUGGGCGCGUUGGACGGCAACUCCGCGGCGUUCGCGGCCGUCGCCGGGUUCUUCGUCCUCUUCCACGCGUGCUACGCGGUGAUCGCGCACAACGAUAACCUGAAGCUCGCGGGCGAGGAGUUCGCCGCGGUGCCGCUCGGCGUCGUCCUCGAGUGCGUCGCGGGCGCGGCGCUGUGCGCGUGGGGCGCGUGCGGUUUCGCGGGGGAGUUUCUCCCCAUCAAGGCGACGCCGCGGGAGGCCGCGCCGCCGGGGAUGGAGCGCGUUGGGGAUUUCAUGAUCUUCAACCACCGCGGCGCGGCGAUCGGGAAGGCGGGGGGGAAGUGA